AUGGCUCCUGCGUCCGAAUCCUACACCGAUGUACUUAUCAUCGGCGCUGGUCCGGCUGGCCUUGCCGCUGCAUACUGGAUGGCCCGAUGUGGUGUCAAUGCACGUGUUGUCGACAAACGCGCCACUAAGGUUUUCUGUGGCUAUGCUGAUGGGCUAAAAUCCGGAACAAUGGAGCUUUUUGACAGUAUGGGCUUUCAGCACAGGGUCGUGAAUGAGGGCGUCGAGCUUCCCGAAUUCAUGUUCUGGGCACAUGAUGAGAACGGAAAGUUGAAUCGACACAAACCUUUUCGCAGUAAAAGUCUCGACGGUUUACCGUAUCGUACUUUCGCCUUAGGCCAAGGAAGAAUCGAGCGUUAUAUCCUCGAUUCUAUCAAGAGUAGCUCCGAACUUGUGGUCGAGAGAGGAGUCGCUGCGGAGUCGCUAGAGUAUGAUACAAGUCUUGAUAAUAACCAUGAUGAAUACCCUAUUAGGGUUAAGCUGAGGACGCUCACUGAGGAAGAGCUAAAUGCUGCUUCAGCUUACGGUGGCUCUGCAUCCCUCACGCGGGACAAUGUGGCACCGGACGAUGUGGAAGAUUUGACUCCGAAAAGAAGGAAUGUGCCGGGUACAGUUGAAAUAGUGAAGGCGAAGUACCUCAUCAGUUGCGAUGGUGGCCACAGCUGGACAAGGAAACAGUUAGGUAUCCCCUUUACUGGUUCCACGACGGAGCACAUAUGGGGUGUUAUUGAUGUGGUUCCAAUCACAAACUUUCCUGACGUGCGCCGGGCGGCUACCGUGGCAACUAAGCAUGGAGCGCUCAUCAUUAUUCCAAGAGAGAGGCAGUUGGUUCGUUUCUAUGUCCCGCUGAUAGAGGUCAACCCAUCGUCAGGGCGAUUCGAUCGAUCAUCUAUUACGUUAGACGUGAUGCGAAGAAAGGUUAGAGAGAUGCUACAGCCGUAUCGGUUCGAUUUCAAGGUCUGUGACUGGUGGACUACAUAUCAGAUCGGCCAACGGCUUGCCCAGAACUUCACCAAAGGUCGCAUAUAUCUUGCUGGUGAUGCGGUCCACAGCCAUUCUCCAAAGGUGGGACUCGGCAUGAAUGUAAGCAUACAGGACGGGUUCAACAUUGGCUGGAAAGUAGCCCUCGUUGCAAAUGGUGUGACUCAUCCCUCCAUCCUUGACACCUAUGAGCUUGAGCGUCGCCGGAUUGCUGAGAUGCUUGUGAACUUCGAUCGCCACUGGUCACCACUAUUUCUAAAACAGCAGGGUAGCUCCGUCUCUCCAGAUUCACCGAGAAAAUACGAUGCCAUGAAGGAGGUGCUCGACUCGAAUGAGGCAUUUGCCGAAUGCAUUGUGUCUCUCUAUAGCGACAGUCCACUAGUCCAUAAAAAUGGGCAAGGCGUAGCUAAGAACCUCUCAGCAGGAGAGAGACUCAUUGCAGCCAAGGUUCGCAAUCAAGCUGAUGGCCGACCUGAGUGGACUACGCGUAUCCUUCAAAGCGAUGGUCGCUUCCGCAUUUUACUACUUGCUGGUGAUAUACGACAGGCGGAGCAGAAACGACGUGUACUGGCCUUCGGCGAGUAUCUAGCAUCCCAUAACUCGGUUUUACGGCGAUAUACAUCCAACCCCGGGAGGCUUCAUGCGACCAUUGACACGAUUACCAUUCAUAGUGCGCCUGUGGAAGACGUUGAGCUUUCUGACUUGCCCGAGGCUCUACGACCUUUCGACGAGGACAGUGGCUGGGACUAUAGCAAGGUCUGGAGCGACGGAGAAUGCUAUUGGGAAUGGCAGUGUAACGGGAAGACCUAUGAGAGGUGGGGAGUUGAUCGGCUGAGGGGUGCUGUUGUUGUCUUGAGGCCGGAUCAAUAUGCUGGAUGGAUUGGAGAGUUGGAGGAUGUUGAGGGAUUGUCCAAAUAUUUUGAGGGGAUUCUCCGGAGCCCUAGACAGAGGGCAGUCUUGUAG